AAUCACGACUUCCAAAGAGCUGUAUCACUUCAACUAAGUUGAAAUAAACGUGAUCUAGACUGAUGCGUUACAGCGGAGAAGCCUGAUAAAGUUCCACGCGAAAUGUGUUGUGCUGAAAUUUGAAAUUCUCGAACAAAUUCAUCACACAUCUAUCUACCUUGCGACUUUCAAUUGGCAAGAUGCCCCCAAAACGGCCAGCAAACGCGUCGAAAGGGGUCACCGCGCGCAACGCUUCGAAGAGGGCCAGGUCUUCCACCAAAGCCACACAGGCUUCCCAGGACCCUUCGCGUUCGCGUCCACGUUCACGCGAGGGCGAAGAAGCUGCAAACAUGUCGCGUUCCAGCAAAACCAGCAAAAGGACACGGGCAGGUUCCCCCACGACUGGAGGGCGCCAGCCAAAGCGACUCAAUGCUACUGAGACGCUCAAUCGCGCUCCUGCUCAACGGUUAAACAUCUAUGUUUUCGGACGGAACGCGAGCGGCGAGCUGGGACUCGGGCCAUCUGCCGGAACUGAUGAUGUGGCCCAUCCCCUGCCAAACCCUAACCUUGCUGCCGAGUCCGUUGGCAUUGUUCAGCUCGAUGUCGGCGGGAAGCAUUGUGCCGCGCUCACACACGACAAUCGAGUCUUGACGUGGGGGGCCAACGAUCUCGAAGCUCUUGGCCGGGACACAGCCUGGGAUGGGGGAAUGGGGGGCGUCAGCGAUGCCAAAGAUGGCAUCAAUGCUAAGGUGAAUCCUAAACAGUCGACGCCCGGUGAGGUGGAUAUGAGCGGCGUUCCACAGGGCACAGUCUUCACGCAGGUCGCUGCUAGCGACAACGCAACAUUUGCGCUGACCAGCCAAGGCUUGGUCUACGGUUGGGGAGCUAUGAGAUCGUUGGAAGGCAUCGCCGGCUUUGCCGAAAACGGGCAAGUCCAAAGGAUGCCUACCCUUGUCCCCGCAUUGGAGCGAGUCAUAAAGAUUGCCGCUGCUGAUAAUCACGUCCUGGCACUCACCGCUGCUGGGACUGUCUACACCUGGGGUUCUGGCGAGCGAGGCCAGUUGGGGCGACACCUUCAGGGACGCAGGAAAAGCGGAAGGCUCGUUCCCAAACUUGACCCCAGUAUCGAUGCCGACCUUGUUUCCAGUCUCGUUCCCCACAAGCUUAGCCUCAAAGAUAUAGUUGACAUCGGUGUAGGCGCUGACUAUUCGUUUGCCAUUGGCAAGGAUGGCAGCGUGUACAGCUGGGGCGAUAACAGCUUUGGUCAGACCGGCAUCGGCAUCGACAACGACGCCGCGGGUCGCUUGGGUUACAUUUUCAACAGCACUCUCGUGGAAAGCCUGAAGGACCUUGGCAAAUUUGUCCACAUUGCUGGAGGGAACAAGCACACCGUUGCUACUACGAGCGAUGGCGAUUGCUUUGCCUGGGGCGACGCCAGCGAUUUUGCUACCGGACUCAAGCUGGAUAACCUCCCAUCCGACCGCGUAAUCCGGAACAAUGGCCGAACCCUUGCCAAGCCAACUCGCAUCCCGGAGCUCAAGGCAACCUUGACUGCUUCAGGUGGCGAUCAUAGCAUUGCGAUCACCCCGGAUCACAGAGUCUUUAGCUGGGGUUCCAAUAACAGUCAUCAGACUGGACACGAGGGGGACGACGCCAUAAAAACGCCCACCCUUCUUGACCAUCCCUCCCUUCGUGAAAAGGAAUUUGUGUGGGUUGGGGCUGGCGGACAGUUUACGCUCUUGGCCGAGGAGGCUGGAGGGGAUCUCUCGUCCAUCCCAGAGCACACAGAACCCAUCGCCACCCGCAGUCCACUCAAAUCACCCCCACGCGCAACCAAGACUCCCCAGGAAUCAUCAGCUAAGAAGCCACGCGGAAAUAAGAAGUCUGCCGCGACCAAGAAAGCAGCAGAGAAAAAAGACACAGCCCAGGCGACGGGACCCAACGGCUCGUCGUCGGCACCAGGCGGCAAGCAGUACUGGCUCAUGAAGGCCGAGCCGGAGACCAGGAUGGAGAAAGGCGUGGACGUGAGGUUCUCCAUCGACGAUCUCGCCGCCAGGACAGAACCAGAGCCAUGGGAUGGUAUUCGGGCAUACGCGGCCCGGAACAACCUCCGCGCCAUGAAGAAGGGCGAUCUCGCCUUCUUCUACCACUCGAACUGCAAGGAGCCCGCCAUCGUCGGCACAAUGGAGGUCGUUCAGGAGCACUCUCCCGAUUUGACCGCCCAUGACCCCAAGGCCCCGUACUACGACCCGUCGUCCAAGCCGUCCGACCCCAAAUGGAGCGUCGUCCACGUCGAGUUCCGGAGCAAGUUCGCCGUGCCCAUCGGGCUGAAGGAGCUGCGGACGCUGGGGACCCCCGGCAAGCCGUUGGAGAACAUGCAGAUGCUGAAGCAGUCGAGGUUGAGCGUCAGCAAGGUCAGUCCGGGCGAGUGGGAGUUCUUGAAUAAUCUUGCGCAGGAGAAGAAGGAUGGAUAGUCAGUACGUCGAGUAGGGGAUGUUAUCACAGGGGGAGGAUUUUAGAGCAUGUCUUCAGGGCGUGAUCAACUUGUGAACCUGGUAUCUUGCAUCAUUAUUGUGUCCGCCUUCUAGACAGGCAUAUCAGGGGUUUCCCAGCUUCCGCUUGGUAUGCUCCAAGACUAUUCUAAUGCCGCUAUCGAGAUCUUCCACUGCAAGGAUCGGCUCGAUCCAGGCCAUUGUCUUGGCCACAAGGCCAGCCCUAUCCUCCGUCUUCUCCAAGCCGUCCUUCAGCCUUGCCAGCGCUUCUCGCAAUGCCUUGGGAUACGUUGAAGUGUGAGGGUCCACCCCAACCAGCGGCUGCCUGACGAGGCAGUUGAACGUAGACGGG